AUGAAGUUCAUGCAACGAGGCAAACCGAAAGACUCCCCGGCGACGCCCGCUGCACCAGCAGCGGGGGGUGCAUCAGCAGGAGCGGCGGUAUUCAGGGGAAACGUCCAAACGCACGCGGCAGCAGCCGCUGCGAACAAAGCGGCGGAGGAGGAGCGGUGGUUCGCGCCUGCUUCCGCCGCUGCUGCGCCAGGGGCGGCUCAUGCGGGACAGCGGCUCACAUGUCGAGUGGUGGUGGAGGGGCAACCAGAUCCAGGGCGGCGCAUGGGGCGCAUGUCGUUUGGCAGUUUCAAUAAGGACGUGGAGAGCAUGGAAGAGGAAGCGCGGGGAUCCGCGAGUGAGGCGCAGGAGAGGUCGCAAUCGGAAGCAGCAGCGGCUGCAGCAGCCGUUGCCCGGGCGAUGGAGACAGGCGGAGCAAGGGCCCCCAAGUCGAAGCCUCUAAAGCUGCUCACUGACGGAAGUGGCAGUGGGGGGUUUUCCACCCCUCCUGUGGUUCCAAGCAGUGCAGCAGCCAAGGAGGAGAAAAGCCAUGUGAAAGAGGGGUGGAGGAAACGCAGACCUGCAGGAAACACAGGAAACAGUUAG